AUGUCUUUGUCAGAUAGCGUCAUUCGAUCUUUUGACGGGAGUAGACAAUUGCAGCAACACCAACAAUCAUUUUCGAAUGAUGUGUAUUCGACUACACCGAAUGGACUUAAAGUAUCUCCUGUAUUUGGUAUCGAGAAUAUAUAUUCAUUCGACCUUCUUCAAUCAAAUAAACGUAGUGUCUUUCAACGACUUCCUUCAUUCUCUAAUACUUUAUAUAAAAAUAUAACCAACUCUGUUUUGAAAAAUGAAAAUGAAGACGACGAUGACGAUGAAGCAUUUUUGAUCAAUUCAUCCUCACGAAUAUAUAUUGAAUUGAAUGAUAUGGAAUUACCGUCUGUUCAAGCUCCAUCCUUUUCUACAUUAGCUGCUCAAAAUUCUUCACCAGUCCAACUUCUUACUGGUUCAAGUUUAUCUUUACAACAAGUUAUAACACCUUCAACAGCUGCUUCAGUCAUUUAUAAUAAAUUGUUGACCGAAGAAACACAUCCGUCAUUAUCAAUGCCUAAAAAAUCAAGUUCAUGUAUCCGACAGCAAAGAAAAUUUAGUGAAAUCGUUACCAGUGAUGAAUUCUUGGAGGAAAUCAAGCGAAGACGGAAAAGAAGCGCAUCAAAGCAAAAGCUGCACAGCAACGUGAAGACAAAAAAGUAAAAAUUUUAACAAAAAAAGAAAACACAAAGAAAAAAGACUAAGACAAACUAAAUAUUUUAACUGUGAAUGUCCUGUGUUUAUGUGUACACUUUUGAUAUAUUGUAAAUAUUCUACAUGUUUCCUUAAAUUAAUUUUAUGUUUAGGAUGAAAUGCUCAAUAGAUUUUCUUCUUCACAGAAACUUCCAUUUUAUUAAUUGAAAAUACCAUUCAAACUAAACUUGAUCUGAUGAAUUUUCUUUGAGUGCUUGCUCAAUAUUUCACACCGUGAGCUGCUAAUCAAAUGCAAUAUUGAAAGAGGUUAUGCAUAUACUAUGCAUAUGAACUUGUUGAAUCUGUAUUGGUAGACACUAACUAGAAAUCCAAACUAAAAACUAUGAAUAACCUAUUAUUUCUCUAAAACAAUGCUAUCAUUGUAACUGCUUUUCUGGUUUUAAUGUUUACAAAUACAAAGUGCACGAAAAAUGUGAACAUAAUUUUGAAAUUUUCAACAGUCUUUCCUGUAAAAUGAAAUUUGAUACAAAUAUCAUCUUGUUGAAUUUAUUUUUUAUUUUUUCUUAUUGAACCGCUAGUAUGCUGUAGACAAAAUAAUUCUGAAGAUCUUUGCAAGUGGAAGUGU